AUGUCGGUUGCAGACGUAUCAGAUAUCAACAAGACUCAAUGUAACUUCAAUGAAAAAUCUUCAGAUACUUUAGUUGUAGCAAAAUCAAUGAUCCUUAGAUGUUUAAAAAUUUUUAACUAUUUGAAUUUAAAAUGUUUUAUAAAGCAAACAAUUCAUCAUGGGUUACAAGAGAUAUUUUAG